CCGACCCUCACUAAUGGAGCCUGGAGACAAAAAUAACCGUGUGUGUGUGUGAGUGAGUGAGUGAUCGCUGUGCUAUGUCUCCGUCCAGGGUGUGCUCUAAUAAUAGAGAAGGCUGCCUGCUCCUUUAAGAGACCGCUUGUUGCAUAGUCGACAAAAUAAAUUGUAGCAAAAUGGUCAUUAAAGUUUUCCUCGCGUCUUCGUCGGGAUCCACAGCGAUCAAGAAGAAGCAGCAAGAUGUGGUUGGCUUCUUGGAGGCUCUUAAAGUUGACUACACUCCACUGGACAUCGCGUGCAAUGAGGACAACCGCAUGUGGAUGAGGCAGAACGUCCCUGAGGACAAGAAGCCAGCCAACGGCAUCCCCCUCCCCCCACAAAUCUUCAACGAAGAGAGUUAUUGUGGGGACUACGACACAUUCUUUGAUGCCAAAGAGGACAAUUUAGUGUACACCUUCCUGGGGUUGCCCCCUCCUCCUGGGUCAAAGGAAGCAGAGCAAGCUGACAAGGAUAACAUUGUGGAGAAUGGCACCCAUGCUGAGGAAAACCUUGACGACACAAUAGUUCCAGUGGAGGAUCGUAAUGGGGAUUCAAAUAAAGAGGUGAAGCAGGCCACUGAUGAGAAUGAAGAAGGUGAGGGUGAUGAGGAGGAACAGGAGGGGGCAGCAAAGGAAGAGACUGCAGAAUCGGUAGGAGACGAAGCCCCCACAGUGAAGGAGGAGGAGGAAGCAGCAGUGGAAGAAACAGACGAGGUCACAGAAGACACUGAGGGCCAAGCAGAAGAGGAAGAAGAGCAGGAGGAAGAGGAUUUGCAGUCAGAGGAGGAAGAAGAGCUACGACAGCUUGAGGAGGAAGAAGAGGCUGAAGUGCAAGAGGAAGAAGAGGCGGAGUAGUUGAAGCUGAGCGAUGCUGAUGAUGUCGAUUUACUGCUCUCCAGCCCGAAGGAGCCUCCCGUUCCAUCUCUUCCUGACCCUUGACACUUGGCCCGCCCCCCUCAGCCCCAUCAGAAAGCCCCUCUACGUCUCCGCAAAGCAGCACAUGACCCUACUGGAAACCACUGGUCAUGUGCUUGAAGGCUCCAUCCCAGCUGAAAACGCCUAACCCACAUUUGCCUUACACCCUUCCCUGUUGACUGCAAUGUUGACUUAAUUUUUAUAUUUUGCGUGUACAGACAUACUGUAAUGAAAAACGAGCAGAGUAGCCUAGCGGUGUUGGUUUGGUUGUUUGCCAUGAGCAGCUUUUUGUAAAAUGCACAGUGGUUUUGUUAAACUCAGACCCUUUUCCCAUGUUGUACUUGUAGAAGUUCUAGUUUUCUAACACAAAAGGCCGACGACCUAUGAAGGAAAAAAAAAGGAGGAAAUCCUGGCAUAUCCUAGCUUGUGACUCCUGGCUUGUAGAUUCAAAGUGUCAUAAGUCACUCUCUUUCAUAACAGUUCUGUUCUUGUGCUCCUAACUUCAUGCCUUAUCUAACGGCGAGUGUGUAAAUUCAAACUGCGACUUCUAAUGGCAGCGAGAAAGGAAAUAGACACAUGCUGCAAGACUGCAAACCCCUCCACCACCGCCACAGCUACUUCUGCCAGAAAUGCUGUCUAAUCAAUGCACUUUGUUGAACGAAGAGUGAGAUGUGGCUGAGAUGUUGGAAAUGAAAAUAAAGUGGACUCGUAAAAAC